CAGUUAUAAAAAGUGCGAGUGAAAACGUCCAAAUUAAAAUGAAGAUUCUCCUUUUAAUCACUUUCAUCUCCGCCUUCGCUUUGGCCCAAGAAACCAAAGAAGCCGAAGCCCCCAAAACUUACAAACGAUUAAUCCCCGCCGAUGUUUUAAGAGAUUUCCCUGGGAUGUGUUUUGCAAGUACUAAAUGCGCCACCGUUGAGCCGGGUAAAAAUUGGGAUUUAUUCCCGUUCUGCGGCCGAUCAACUUGCGUUUUAAGCGAAGAUCAACCACCAAGAUUAUUGGAAUUGGUCGAAGAUUGUGGGCCUUUACCUUUAGCGAAUCCGAAAUGUAAAUUGGAUGAAGAAAAAACCAAUAAAACGGCUCCGUUCCCCGGAUGUUGUCCGAAAUUUGCUUGCGAAGAAGGCGUUAAAUUAGAAUACCCUGAAAUCCCAACGGUCGCCCCCGUUCCGGAGGAAGUAUCCACUAAACCCAGUGCAGAAAAAACAUCUUAAAUGCUUCUUUCUUUUAUUUUUCCCCUUUAUUUUCUUAAUCUUCACUAUUUCAAAUACGAUAAUUAAUUUAACACACCCCCGAUGAUUAAUUUAGCUUAUUAUUAACUCCUUUUUUUUAUAAUUUUCGAUUAGAAUCGUUUUUGAUUUAUUUUUUGUACGUUGGUCUUGUAGAUAAAUGUGUCCAGAGAGAACUAUAAUAAAAUACAAUGUGAUAUCAUCAAGGAAAUUCCUUCAAAAUAAACAACCUAACCUCACUUUUUAA